GGUUGAGUUGCGAGUAGUGAUGAAUGCAACACGGCAAGGACCGCUUUCCUCACCCACUCACACAAUCCAUCCGAGAUCAAACACACCCACUCCUGAUACAUCAAGAAUCAAUCUCAAAUAUUAUCGCUCUAUCUGACUUCCCAAUCCACUUACCAAAAUGGCCAACAAGACCUUCGACUAUGGUGAUCUGAGGAUCUCUAUGACUUCCAGUUAUACUUGGAACUGGGAUGACACCGGCAGCGGUGCUAGUCGAGAUGUUGGUGUGUGGACCCCAAACUCCCAGGGAGACCUUUACCCCGUCGGAAGCCACGUAGAGCCACACCACAACGAUAUCAACGGCAAGCGAGGCUCACUGAUUGUGGGACAAAACCCCAAUACAAAGCCGUCCAAGUCAGCAGUCGCCAGGCCAGUCGACUACACUGAGAUCUGGAGGGACACCAAGUCCGGCGCCACUAAAAACGGUGCUUUUUGGCGCCCCGUACCCCCUGCAGGAUACGUAGCAUUGGGGGAUGUUGGCUCUGAUCAUAACAAGCCCAAUGUGAACAAAAUCUGGUGCGUUCGCGAAGACCUCGUCGGCUACGGAAGGUUCCUCGCAACCAGCGUCUGGGAUGAUGUCAAGUCAGGCGCGGCCAAGGAUGUUUCCCUUUGGUCAGUCGAAACUGACACCGUAGGUAUCGAUGGUGCCUCGAAUCUCCCCAUCGCCGGCGACACAUUCCGAACCCAAGGCAACUACUCGCGGCCAGAUGGCGAAGCUGCACGCGUCUUGCAGCUCCCCAUAGGGAAGCACUUCAAACAAUUCGACACGGCCAUUCCAACGCUUGACGCAAAGAAGCUGCCUGAAAAAGGCAAACAAUACUCAAACCAAGAGCAGUGCAAGGUCACACUUCCCUUCCACUGCUACUUCGGCCCAACCCAUCAGGCCAGUCUGGACAACAUCCGCAACCCGUUCUUGGACAUCAGCCGCUCCAUCGCGUGGUACGUGGAAGGCGUAUGGGCAAACCAAACGCCCAGCGCCUUCUCACGCGCCCAAGAGAUCACCUGCGGCGUGAGCAAGGAGGAGCGCGAGGAGAUGACGCAUAGCACUGGUGUGGACGUCUCGGCCUCAUACGGCAUCGGCUUGGCAAGCGGCUCGGUGAGCCUCAACUACCAGUUCACGUACAACACUUCCACGUCCUUCACCGAGUAUAGCGAGAAGAAGGUCACGGAGAGCUUUCAGGUUGAUCCUUAUUACGCCAAGGUGCUGUUUUCUAAGCAUGUUUGGAUCAAGUGUGCGCGAUAUGAUAGUUCUGUCGUUUUGCAUCAGAUGGAGGUUAUUUCGACUGAUGAUUUGUACUUUGGCGGCUGCAAACUGCCGGGUGGAACGUAGGUGGCAACGUUUUUAGCGGUGGAAUCGGUUUUUGGGGUUGGAAAUGCAGGUCGAGGAAGUCAAAGUGGGAAGUUGCCAAACGUAGUCAGAUUGGUAGUUGAAUGAAUCAAUUUCGGUUUCUUGUCCUCGACAG